AUGCAGACGAUUUCUCCAUGCUUGAAGAGAAAGUUGCCGACGCCUGAUGAAGUCCGCCCUGGCUUGAUCCCUGCAGGACCCACUUUCGAAAAUGAUGAAUCGUCAGGAAGAGCAAAGAAACUUUGUGCUGGCCCAAGAGUAGCAUUCAAGGAGGAGGCGAAAGUUCGUUGCCACUCAGUGGAUGAGGAAGAGGACAUUCCUGCAUCUAGGAGUGAUGGAGACGAAUGGCAGGAGUUCGUCAUCCGGACCAAGGAUCACGAUGGCAUUUCGAGGGAUGCAGCUGUUGUUUGGAGACUACUGCUCAGUGUCUUUAAUCCGUGUCAGGGAACUCUUGUCGACCGUCUCUUGGAGCUUUAUUACACUAACCAGGUUCAGCUUCUCCUCGACGCUCAUGCACGAGUCCUCAAGAUGAUUGAAUCGAUCCACAGGACAGGAAAGACUGGAAUUGUCUGUGCUUCUUGCAUUCUGGAUGGAGCGGCUCUUCCUGUUCUUAACUUGAUCGCCAAGAUGAUAUUGCAAACUUGUGCGACGAUGUUGGCGACAAACGCUGGGAUGAUCAAUGGCUUGAUGGUUGCCUUGGAUGGUUCGAUGAUCAAUCAGAACAGCUGUGCAUUGAUGGCGAACUCCAUGACCAACAUGAUUUCUUUGUCUUCUACACAAACCAAGUUCUUUUAA